AUUAAAACUCCUCCAAAAAAACCACUGGAAAUAGAAGCAGAGAACUCCAGAAUAAUAAACUGGUAACCCUUCUAAUAAACUAGAAUAAAGUUUCUGUCUUUAUUAUUUGAUUGAUUGCAACAGUGCAUAGUGAGUUUCAAUUGGGGUGUUAUUGAGAAUCAAUUCGUUUGCUAAUGGAAAGGAUCGCGUCCACUGCAGUUUCUUCAAAAUCCCUUUUUGGUUGGCAACAGCCUGUUUUUUAAUCUCUCUAUCUCGCUCUCUCCAAGCUUCUACAGUUCUGAGUUCGGGGAUUUAAGACAUAAUUUAUGAUGCAGGCUUCCAGAGAUUCAGUUAUGGCGAUCAAGACUUAUAGAUACCAGGCAGAGUUGCUUGUUAAGGACUACUUGCUUGCGGAUCCAUUGGUCCCAUACACUUCGGUUUUGUGUGGGAUUUUCAUGUGCAAGAUGGCAUAUGACAUCACUCAGUUAAUUAGUUCUUUCUACUUCAAGGGUUAUUCUUCUCUAACGAAGAUCCAACGGAUUGAGUGGAAUAAUCGGGGUAUGUCCAGCGCCCAUGCGGUUUUUAUCACAAUAAUGUCACUAUACCUAGUAUUCUUUUCAGAUCUAUUUUCUGAUCGUUAUGAAGGAUAUGUCACACUAAGAAGUUCAAAUCUUUCUAAUUUCACAUUGGGGGUUUCAGUUGGGUAUUUCAUCUCUGACCUUGCAAUGAUCUUUUGGUUAUAUCCUUUACUUGGUGGGAUGGAGUAUGUUCUUCAUCAUUUGCUCUCUCUUUGUGCUAUAACAUAUGCCAUGAUAACUGGCGAAGGACAGUUAUAUACUUACAUGGUGCUGAUAUCUGAGGCAACCACUCCUGCGGUUAAUUUGCGAUGGUUUCUUGACACAGGAGGAAUGAAAAGAUCCAAAGCAUAUCUUAUUAAUGGUGUUGCCAUGUUCUUCGCUUGGCUGGUGGCCAGAAUUAUUUUAUUUAUGUACUUGUUUUACCUCAUCUAUGUGCACUAUGAUCAGAUCGAGCAGAUGCACAAGUUUGGUUACCUAUUGGCAUUUGUGGUGCCUAUAGCAUUGGCAAUCAUGAACAUGAUGUGGUUCACAAAGAUACUAAAGGGGCUCAGGAAACAAUUAGCUAAAAGGCGGUGAAUAAUGAGAAGUAGUGUAGCACCCCAUGUAUUAUAAGCAAAUCCUUUUAUCUUCUUCUGUAUAGAGGAGUGAACAUAUUUUUAGAGUGAGAAGGAAAUCAAAUGCAGCCAAUGACCAAGGGAAAGCCCUCACAACAAAAUUUUGGUCCUUGGUGUCACACUGGUACUUUAUGUGAAUAUUGUUAAUAUUAUGUCAGGGCUUCUUUCCAACCGUA